CUCAGACGGUGCGGUGGGGGUCUGGAAGACAGCCUCUGCCAGGGCCGAAGCGACAAGUGAGAAAGCGAACGUAGGUAGACGUUUUUGUCUGGACGCCCUUUCAGCGGGCGCCAUGGGUGAUCAGGUUGAGAUGUUUAUGGGGGUGACUGGCGCAGACGAGGAGACGGCACAUCAGCUGCUCAAUGCUCACAAUGGCGACCUCAACAACGCAAUCAACUUCUUUCUGGAGCACGGAGCGCAAGUACCGGCACCCUCCAAUGCGCAACCACCACCUCAACCAGCAUUGGCGGACCCCAUCUCGGAUGAAGAAGAGCCAUCAGAGCCCCUAGUGCGACACCGACGCUCUAGGCCGUCUGACACGCAUGCAGAACCCAGCACAGACCCUUUUGGGGCGCCUGGCUUGCUACCCCCAAACAUUGGCCAUGGAUCAGCUGCGCCUAGUGGAGCAGGCGUCCCUCGCUUUGAAUCGCCCUUCGAUGAGGAAGAAGAGCCGCCAGCUUUCCAGAGGUUUGGGAGUUCGAUUCAGGAGAGAGAUGAUGGGGGCGCGACAGGCAGGGAUGCAGCUGUAGGUGCGGGAGGGGCAGUCAAUGACCACAAUGAUGUCGAGGAGGAGAUGAUGAGGGCGGCGCUCGAAGCGUCGAUGAAGGAGCACGGUGGGGGGCCAGCUGCGGAUGACGAAGAUCUCGAGAAGGCCAUCUCUCAGUCACUAAAGACCGCCGAGCAGGAGCAGACUCGGCUGCCACCUCCGGACCGUCUGGCUGACGUCGGUGCUGAGCUGUUCCCACCUCCUGCGGCUCCACGAGUCGGCCCCCUCAGCGGAACCUCCUACGGAAAUGGGGUGUCAGCCCGAAGCGGCGUGCGGGACAUUCCUAUCGAAGGCUUUGAGGACGACGAAGAUCAGGGAGGGACCGGCCAAGCGCGCAAAAGCAGCAAGAAGAGCAGAUCUCCGAAUCCAAACGGGCGCGUAGCAGGAGUCGGUCCCUCACGCGGCAGCCGUCGAGCGUCCCCAUCCCCCGAGCCCCCAUCCGGUCGCGAGGGCCGGCAGGCGAGCCGCUCCUCCCGCCGGCGCCCCAGUUCCGAGGAGCACGCGGCGGAACUCGUGGAGGACGUUCAGGCUUUCAUGGGGUCAGCGGGCGGCAUUGGAGGCGGCGUUCGACCAGGACCGAAUCGACAGCCGGCGCCUGUGGGAAAUUGGCCGCACCGCUUCCCAGCCAGAGACUCCGACGGAAACGACGAGCCCACCCCGGCAGAGGCGAGAGUGGUGGCAGCUAGAGCGGCAGCGGUGGGAGGAGCGGGACCUGCGGAGGAGCUAGACCCGCUGGAGGGCUUCACCGCGGAGGAGCGCGAAGAGGCCCGCAUGCUGGAGGCAGCCAUGAUGGGGAUACCCUAUGAGGCUCGGCCGGGCCACCCGGGCCCAGCGUAUAACCCGGCGGCAGGGCCCGCUUAUCGACCGGCGGUUGCGGAGGGGGGGUACGAGGACAUGGACUUGGACGACGAGUUCGGACGGUACCGACCCCCCCGAGAGCUCGAUCCGAUGGUGCAAGCGCAGAGAGAGAUCCGGAACCAGCAGGACGAGGAAUACCUAGCUUCGCUGGCCGCCGACCGCGAGAAGUCGCUCAAAGCGGCCGCCGAGGCGGAGGAGAAGGCGCGCGCGGAUCGCGAGGCGCGGCGGCAACGCGAGGAGGAACUAGAGCAGGCGGCGCGGGAGGAGCGGGAGCGGCUUGAGGCGGAGGAGGCCCUGCAGGUGCACCUGGCGGAAAAGGCGUCGACGCUGCCAGAGGAGCCGCCCGCCGGGGAGCCCGGGGUGGUGACAGUGAUGGUGCGCAUGCCGGACGGAUCGCGCAAGGCGCGGCGGCUGAGGAGCAGCGACCCCGUGCAGGUGCUUUUUGAUUCAAUUGAUGUCGAGAACAGCUUCAAGCCCGGGUCUUACCGGUUGAUCAACUCCUUUCCUCGACGGGUGCUGGAAGCUAAAGCCUGUGUCGGCAAGACUUUACAAGACGUGGGGCUCACGAGUAAGCAAGAGGCGCUGUUCCUAGAACAUUGAUCGUGCUUCCAAAUAAAGAGUGGUAAGCAGCGUGCGGUGGCGACAAUGGUUCAACCGGAUUUCAGGUGUGAUUAGGUUCAUUCAUUGAAAAGAAGCAGUAUCAUCUCAGUGAUAUGUUGUGAAAAGCAAUGAAGCUACAAUGUUCCUAUGAUUUUCGAAGGACUGCCAAAUGUUACCAAGGAUCGAAAAUAUGCACCUUUUGCUAUACGCAACCCUAUAUGCUUCAAUGGUCCAUUGAAUUAAGUAGGUUGCAGUUAUUGCAUGCACUUGUACUACAAGCAGGCCGGCCGCUCCCCUUGUUCUAUGUAGCAAAUCGAUGAUGUAGGUUUUGCAGUUAUUAGUGCAGGCCCAAGCUUUUUCGAAGCAAUUGUAGAUCGCAGCAUCCAACGUCG